AUGGAUUCUCGAGUACCGUUAUCCCAUUCGUUAUGGUCGCCCUACGACACAAUAAGAGACGCAGCAGACUCGCUAGCCAUCAACUUGCCCGAUGAAGCAGCGAAAAACCUCGCCAUGGACGUCGAGUACCGAAUACACGAGAUCCUCGAACUAGCCAUCAAGUUCAUGCGCCACUCGAAGCGGAAAAUGUUGAUGACGUCCGAUAUCGACUAUGCGCUCAAAGUGUUGAAUGUCGAGCCCUUGUAUGGCUACGACAACUCGCAAGCGUUAACGUUCAAGGAAACCAUGGUGGGCGCCGGUGGGCAGACGUUGUACUAUGUCGAUGACCACGAGAUCGAGUUUGAAAAAUUGAUCAACCAGGAGCUCCCGAAAGUGCCGAGACGGACUACAUUCACGGCGCACUGGCUCGCUAUUGAGGGGGUCCAGCCGAUGGUGCCGCAGAACCCACUUCCUUCCGAUAUCAAGAGUCUCCCACCGGCAGUGAGAGGCGCUACGUCGUCGAUGUUGGGCAACGAUAUCCUCUCGCUUGGUGGUGCGGGCGACAAGGAUAAUGCUAAUGAAGACGCGCUGAACAAGUCGAAAAAGACUACCGAGAAGGAUUUCAAGACAAAGCCAUUGGUGAAACAUGUGUUGUCGAAGGAGUUGAAACUAUAUUUCGACAAAGUUGUCGAAGUGUUGGUGUCUACAGAUCCAGAGAAGGAAAGCUUGAAAAACGCCGCGUUGACCUCACUCAAAUCUGACCCUGGUUUGCACCAACUUGUCCCUUACUUUAUCCAGUUCGUCGCCGAACAAGUCACGAACCAAUUACGCAAUAUAGACAUCUUGUCAACUAUGCUCGAGGUGAUUUCCGCUUUGGCCGAUAACAAGACAAUCUUUUUGGACCCCUAUGUCCACGCCUUAAUGCCCUGCGUUUUGACAUUGCUUCUAGCGAAAAGAAUCGGUGCUGUUGUAAGGGAAAAUGCCGAGGACUACGAGGAAGCCUUGCGCAGCCAAUUGGCUAUCCGCGAGUUUGCCGCUAUAUUGUUGGAACACAUCAUCAAAACUUACGGCUCUUCCUAUUCGACGCUCCGGCCCAGGGUCACUCGAACUUUGCUCAGAGCAUUGUUGGAUUCCACAAAGCCCAUUGGAACGCAUUACGGCGCCCUCUUGGGACUCAAGAACUUGGGCAACGAGGUGUUGAAACUAGUCUUGAUUGGCAAUUUAAAAGUUUGGUAUACGUCGAUUGUGGAAGAAAAUCAGUCGGAAUUGGAGCGCGAUAUUUUGGUAAAGACGGUAAUAGACAUUCUUCGCAAAUUGAAAGUGGAUCUUCCAGCUAAUGAGAUGGACGUCGAUGAAGUAUCGGAGGAUGUGAAGAAGAAAUUGCGGAAUCGAAUCGGUGAUCAACUUACUGAUAUUUUAUUGGCUCAAGACGACGGCAAGGAAGUCGUUAGGGGAAUUUUUUUUGGCGAAGUUUCCAUAUAG